AUGGCCGCAACAUCUAAGAGUUGUCAGGUUAUAGUUUUCAACCAGCAAAAACAUGAUCUCGGACGAAUCCUCACUGAUACACGUAAUGCCCCUGCAUAA